UUUAGUUUUUCAUGCUGGCGUCAAUAGGAAACGCACUGCACCAACCUCUUUCCGUGCGAAACUGUCGAAGACCACGUUUCUUGUCAGCACAUCAAGCUACAUAAACAACCAUGGGUCGUGUACGUACCAAGACUGUGAAGAAGGCUUCCAAGGUGAUUAUUGAGAAAUAUUACACCCGCCUUACGUUGGAUUUCCACACCAACAAACGCAUCUGCGAGGAGAUUGCCAUCAUCCCAACCAAACCCCUGAGGAACAAAAUCGCUGGUUUCGUCACCCAUUUGAUGAAACGUCUCCGUCACUCCCAAGUCAGAGGUAUCUCCAUCAAACUGCAAGAAGAGGAGCGUGAGAGACGCGACAACUACGUCCCAGAGGUAUCUGCUCUUGAGCAUGACAUCAUUGAAGUCGACCCAGAGACCAGAGAAAUGUUGAGGAUGUUGGAGUUCAACAACAUUAUGGGCUUGCAGCUUACGCAGCCAGCCACCAGCACAUUCAACAGGAGGUCUUAAGUUAUAGAUUAUCCGAUGUAUAACUAAUAUACAAGUUAAUAAACAACAAUUAUUUGGUAA